AUGGCGAAGAGUAGUAGAUUUUUUAACAUAUUUUUCUUUAUUUUGUUAAGUAUAGGAAUAUGCUUAGCUGCAAGAACCCUUAUUGGUCUUGAUGUUGGUGUGGGGGCAAAGGUUGGCGUCUAUGCCGGUGGCGGUGGAGGUGGAGCUGUAGCUGGUGAACAUGGUGGUUAUGCCGGUGGAAGUGGUAGCGGUGAAGGUGGUGGAGGGGCACCAGGAGGUGGAUAUGCAGGUGGAGGUGGUGGAGGUAGUGGUGGCAGCGGCGGUGGUGGCAGCGGCGGUGGAGUUGCUGCUGGUGGAUCUGGUUCAGGUGAAGGAGAUGGAAGUGGUGGGGGAUACGGUGCUGGUGGGGCGCCAAGCGGUGGAGGUGGCAUGGAGGUGGUGGUGGAGGUGGUUCAGCAUCGGGAGGAGCUGGUGGAGCGCGGAGCUCAUGGAGCUGUAGGAGGAUAUGGUGGUGGUGGCGGCAGUGGAGGUGGAGCCGGUGGUAGUGGAGCAAUUGCUGGUGGUGCACAUGGUUCAGGUGAAGGAGCAGGAAGUGGUGGCGGAUAUGGUGCUGGUGGAUCACAAAGCGGUGGAUAUGGUGGUGGAGGUGGCCACGGAGGUGGUGGUGGAGGUGGUUCAGCAUCAGGAGGAGCUGGUGGAGCAUCAGGCGGUGGAUACGGAGGUGGUGAAGGUGCUGGUGGUGGUGCAGGAGGAUACGGUGGCGGUGGUGGAGGUGGAGCCGGCGGUGAAGGGGGUGGACAUGCAGGUGGAUAUGGUUAA